AUAUAUUAACGCAAUUGGAAGAUGUCUUUAAAACCAGAAAAAGUUGUCCGCCCAACUGCUAACUUUCCUUCCAGUGUUUGGGGAGACCAGUUUCUUUCCUAUGAGGAUGAAGAUCUAUCAGGGCUUGAAAAACAAGUAGAAGAAUUGAAAGGAGGACUAAAAAAAGAAAUUUUGGAAACUUUGAACGUUCCUACACAACAUGCGAAAUUGUUAAAAAUGAUUGAUGCAAUCCAACGCCUGGGUGUUGCAUACUACUUUAGAGACGAUAUUGGUCAAGUCUUGCAGCACUUCUAUGAUGCAUAUGGUGACCAUUGGAAAGGCGACAAUCCUUCCAUUUGGUUUCGGCUCAUGCGACAAAAUGGAUAUUUUGUUUCAAGUGAUGUCUUCAACAGCUACAAGGACAAAGAUGGAGCUUUUAAGGAUCCUUUGGAAAAUGAUAUUCAAGGGUUACUUGAUUUGUAUGAAGCCGCAUAUCUAAGGGUUCCUGAAGAAGUAAUAUUAGAUGAUGCUCUUGCUUAUACAAAAAGUCGGCUUAAUGACAUAGCUAAUGAUCCUCUUAUAAGUAGCUCUAUCAUCUCUUCGCACAUACAAGAAGUUCUAGCACGACCGGUUCAUAAAACAUUGCCGAGACUUGAGGCAUUACGCUACAUACCUUUCUACCAACAAAAGGCUUCUCACAAUGAGUCAUUACUAAAGCUUGCCAAGCUGGGGUUCAACCUUCUUCAAUCGCUGCAUAAGAAAGAACUUUACCAACUUUCCAUGUGGUGGAAAGGCUUCGAUGUUCCUACAAUUUUAUCUUAUGCGAGAAAUAGACUAAUUGAAUGCUACUUUUGGUCAUUAGGCGUGUACUAUGAGCCUCAGUAUUCUGAAUCGAGAAUGUUCUUGGCAAAAAUUCUUUCGAUGGAAACACUUCUUGAUGACACGUAUGAUGCUUAUGGUACCUAUGAGGAACUUGUGAAGUUUACCGAAGCACUUCAAAGGUGGUCAUAUACAUCCUUGGAGGGUCUUCCAGAAAAAAUGAAGUUGGUAUACCAAAUGCUCUUGAAUAUAUAUGAAGAUAUGGAAGGGAUUUUGAAAAAGAUGGGAAAAGCACAUCAUCUUAACUAUAUUAGAGAAGCAAUGAUGGAAUACGUUGGCUGCUAUUUGAAAGAAGCCAAAUGGGCAAAUGAAAGGUAUAUACCAACAAUGGAAGAGCACAAAGAAAUCACAGUUGUUAGUAGCGGAUACAAAUUCACCCUGAUAGCAAGUUUUGCCGCCAUGGGUGAUAUAAUCACGGAUGAAACAUUCAAAUGGGCUCUCACUAUGCCUCCCCUUGCCAAAUCUUGUUGUGUGCUUUGUAGGACAAUGGAUGAUCUUGUCACCUACAAGGAAGAGCAAGAGAGAAUGCAUGUUGCUUCUAGCAUUCAGUGCUACAUGAAGGAAUAUGAUGUUAGUGAGCAACAUGUCCAUGAUUUGUUUACUAAGAAAGUUGAAGAUGCUUGGAAAGAAAUGAACAAAGAGUCCAUCACUUGUAAAGAUGUUGAAUUACCUAUAAUCAUGCGUGUGAUCAAUUUGGCACGUGUCAUGGAUGUCCUCUAUAAGAAUAAAGACCAUUUCACGCAUGUUGGACCCGAGCUCAUUAAUCAUAUCAAGUGUCUUCUUGUUGAUGCUAUUGCUACAUAA